UUCUUCUGCUUCUUCUACACUCCCUCAUUUUGAUUCCUUUUAUUUUUAUUUCGUUAUCGAUAUGUUUCGUCCGACCCACAAAAUUAAUUAAUCCCAAAACCAUCAAAUUAUAUAUACUCGUAUUAAUUAGGAUAAUAAUAAUAAUAAUAAUAUAAUUUGUCAAAAAAAUUUGAAAAAAAAGGAAGGAAAGAUGAGCAUGGAUCCAGUUAUGCAGCGGGUUAAUCGUAAUGUUGAUGAACAUAUUUCCCAGCUCAUGCAGUGCAAACCCUUGUCUGAACAAGAGGUCAGGUCAUUAUGUGAUAAGGCAAAGGAGAUCCUGAUGAAAGAAAGCAAUGUGCAGCCUGUUAAGAGCCCCGUGACAAUCUGUGGGGAUAUUCACGGGCAAUUUCAUGAUCUCGCCGAGCUUUUCCGGAUUGGAGGAAAGUGCCCGGAUACAAAUUACUUGUUUAUGGGAGAUUACGUGGAUCGUGGGUAUUACUCUGUCGAAACAGUGACUCUCUUGGUGGCCCUCAAAGUGAGAUAUCCACAACGAAUUACUAUCCUAAGAGGAAACCAUGAAAGUCGGCAGAUCACUCAAGUGUAUGGAUUUUACGAUGAGUGCCUAAGAAAAUAUGGGAAUGCUAAUGUGUGGAAGACAUUUACAGAUCUAUUUGAUUAUUUUCCGCUCACUGCAUUGGUUGAGUCUGAAAUCUUUUGUCUUCAUGGCGGAUUGUCUCCUUCAAUUGAAACACUUGAUAAUAUAAGGAACUUUGACCGUGUUCAAGAAGUUCCCCACGAGGGGCCCAUGUGUGAUCUUUUAUGGUCUGACCCUGAUGAUCGUUGUGGUUGGGGUAUCUCGCCUCGGGGUGCUGGAUAUACAUUUGGACAAGACAUAUCUGAGCAGUUCAAUCAUACAAACAGCUUAAAACUCAUUGCUAGAGCACACCAGCUGGUUAUGGAGGGAUUCAACUGGGGUCACGAACAAAAGGUCGUGACAAUCUUCAGCGCACCUAAUUAUUGCUACCGUUGUGGGAAUAUGGCUUCAAUCCUUGAAGUGGACGAUUGCAAGGGUCACACUUUCAUCCAGUUUGAACCUGCUCCAAGGAGGGGGGAGCCAGAUGUUACACGUAGGACCCCAGAUUAUUUCCUAUGAUGCUGACAUGGCAGUCUUCAUCAAACCGGUAUGUGCCUUGACGAUGGGUAAUAAGGAGACCAAAAGGGCACAUAUGAAAUCUUGAAAUUGAGGCAGUGAUUUUGUAGCUAUUGGAUGCGCAAACAUAGCAUCAUCUACCACCUCUCUGUUGAUGCAGCCCGGUCAUCUUCUAUCGUUCCCUCAUUUUUUAAUUUAUUUUUUUCCUGUGUUUAGAGAAAAGCCGCAUCUAAAUGUCGUUUGUUUGAUUGGUGUCUUUUUCUUUUUGUGCUUUUUUUUGUUGGGGUUAUUUGAUGUUAUAAUUCUUUUUGACAUUAGUUAAGAACACUUGUUAUUAAUUUGUUCUCAAGGUUAGCUGGAAUUAUGAUGUCGUGAUUAGAAUGAUUAGAUGGCCUGUGUAUUGUGUUUUACUGAGCCUAUUGGAGUUAGACUUGUCAGUUAUGACCAGGUUUACAUUAGAUACCUUUGAACUGGUUAGCCUGGUCAAAGACCCAUUGAAGGUUCCUUUAUGUACCCAAUCGCCAGCCGUUUUAAGGCCGUGGACAGCGUAUGUUGUGUCAUUUGGUAUUUAGCUUGUUUUAAGGGAAUUAUGGUCUGUAGUGUAUUUAAAAUUUUGAUUUGUAAGUUUGUAUAAUGUAAGUAUGCUUAUUAUUCUUAA